CAGUGUUUUGCUAUGAAUACACGAAAAUGUGGUGAAAAUCAUUGCAAUAAUUAUUACAGAAAUCAAUAACUUUUUAAUUUAUAUCAACCACUCAUUCGUGAAUCCAUUAUCACAUCCACUCCACACCCGAAGACAUCCACUCAUUCCUCCCAUAAAGUCGUAAACCAUUAGAUGUGAUGCCAUUGGAGACCAAUGUGUUCAUCGGCACCGGUAUUGCCUUCGGACUACUGGUCGUCGCGUUCAACUCAGCCAUCCAUAAGAUCGAAGAGGGUCAUGUGGGUGUGUACUACAGAGGCGGUGCCCUAUUGGACACGACAUCGGUGCCGGGCUUUCAUAUGAUGUUUCCGGUGCUGACGACCUACCGGUCCAUUCAGGUGACCCUCCAGACCGAUGAGGUGAAGAACGUGCCCUGCGGUACAUCCGGUGGUGUUAUGAUAUACUUCGACCGCAUAGAAGUGGUCAACAUUUUGCACUCACACGCCGUGUAUGACAUCGUGAGGAACUACACCGCAGAUUACGAUAAGGCACUCAUAUUCAAUAAAGUACACCACGAGUUGAACCAGUUUUGCUCAAUUCAUUCACUGCAAGAGGUUUACAUCGAUUUGUUCGACCAAAUCGAUGAGAACCUCAAGAUUGCCCUCCAGAGAGAUUUGGAUCAGUUCGCUCCGGGACUCUUCGUACAGGCCGUUAGGGUCACCAAACCUAAGAUACCGGAGACUAUCCGUAGAAACUAUGAGCUCAUGGAAGGCGAGAAGACAAAGCUGAUGAUAUCAGUGCAGCGCCAGAAGGUGGUGGAGAAGGACGCGGAGACUGACCGCAAGAAGGCUAUCAUAGAGGCGGAGAAGAACCAACAGGUGGCGAAGAUUACGUUCGACCAGAAAAUCAUGGAAAAGGAGUCCCUGAAGAAGAUGUCGAUCAUAGAGGACGACAUGUUCUUCAACAGAGAGAAGAUGAGAGCCGACGCCGAGUUCUACACGAAGGAGAAGCUCGCGGAAGGCAACCAACUGUUGCUCACCCGAGAGUACCUCCAGUUAAGGAAAUACGAGUCCAUCGCCAGCAACUCGAAGAUCUACUUCGGUUCAGACAUUCCGCAGAUGUUCUUCGAGAGACAAUCAUCCGAUACGUGGGACGAGAAUCAUAGGGGAGCUCCGCAUGUGAUGGCUAGCAGGCAGAGUAGUGUCGACGCCAACACGUCUAAUGAUAAGAGCGGCAAACACUCCACAGCUAACAGUGGGUCCGGGAGUAGAGAUCGAGAGAAAUAAUAAUUAAUAUGUUUUUUACUGAUAUCUGUAAAGAGUUUUUGCCUUUUUAUAUAUAAACCGUUCGACAAAUUGAUAAAUAAAUUCAAGUUUUUUUAGGUGUUUCAAGAACACGACAACAAAAGCAAAGUUUCAUGAAAUUCACGUAUCAUAUGAUUGUGUGAAGUCCUCGUCGGUGUUGAUGUACUAAUUGUUUGGACACAUGUUGUCAAGUGUUUAUUAUUAUGAAGAGCUCACACAUACAUCUAAUUUGCAUUUCACUCAGGAUUCACACAUCAUUUUUUACGAUAAACUUUUGUAUAAUUAUAAC